AUGGGAAAGAUGCGAAAGCUAGAUAGCUUCUUGAAAGAGUCUCAUCGGGUUUCUAGCUCUGGCGCUUUCGGUGUGUUCCGUAAACCCACGAAAGACUUUAUUUUCUCAAAUGGAGUCUUGGUUCCCGCUGGAACGUUUAUGGUAACAGCUCCUUUCGCAUCGGCCUUCGACGAGAAGAACUAUCUCAACCCAUCCGAAUUUGAUGGAUUCCGGUUCUAUCGUAUGAGGGAAAAGGAAGGGGAAAGUCUUAAACAUCAAAUGGUGACACCCGAAUUGACCUUCGUCAACUUUGGGCUUGGUAGCCAUGCCUGUCCUGGACGUUUCUUUGCCGUGAACGAGCUCAAAGCACUGGUGUCCCAUACCUUACUGAACUACGAUAUCAAAUUGGACGAGAAAGACAAUAAGCUGGAACGCAAUGAUUUCUCCGGUCAUGCGAUUGCCUCCAGGCGUGUGGAGAUCCUUUUCCGAAAACGUGCAGCGGCGUUGUGA